GAAAGAAGGCUGAUGGAGUGCGAGGGACCCAGAGUUCAGACAUCUGAGUUCUUUUCUCUCUUUGUCUGUUUUCAGAUUAUUUAUGUGGCCAGGAAUGCCAAAGACAACAUGGUUUCCUAUUUCCACUUCGUCAACAUGACCAGCUUACUUCCGGACAGUGGCAGCUGGGAUGAGUUUAUGGAGAAUUUCAUUGCUGGGAAGGUUUGUUGGGGCUCUUGGUUUAAUCACGUUCAAGGCUGGUGGAAGGCUAAGGACCAUCAUCCGAUUCUAUAUCUGUUUUAUGAAGACAUUAAAGAGGACCCAGCCCGUGAAAUCCAGAAAAUAGCUCAAUUCCUGGGAAUAGAUCUCUCUGCAUCAGUUCUCAACCGGAUUGUGCAGCACACAAAAUUUGAGAACAUGAAAACAAACCCAUUGGUUAAUUACAGCGACUUGCCCUCUCUGUUUGACCUAACUGUGUCCCCCUUCAUGAGAAAAGGAAUUGUUGGAGACUGGAAAGAGCACUUCACUGUGGCCGAAAGUGAACGAUUGGACAACAUCUGUGCUCGGCAACUUGCCUGCAACGGCCUUACAUUUCGCACACAGUUAUAAGCCCAUGUCUGGACCUCUCACCUUCCUGGCAACACACAUAGGGAAUGCGGAUCUUAACUAAGAAAUACAAGUCAGGAAACCACAGCAGUGGCAAGCUAAAGCAAAGUGUAGAGUUUUCUUCUUUUUUCCUUCAAUGUCUUUGUAGUCGCCAGUGAAUUUUAACACUUUCUGUUCUGAUAUUAUCAUAAAGAACAAGUCAAAUCUACUGAUUGAGGUAGUGGUGGGGAUGAAUUCACGCAGAAGUGAGGAAAAUGAGCAACUAUCAUUCAACAUAUCCCUAGAGUGGGGAGCAGAGUUAGUAUUUUAUUGCAUAGGGCAAACUGGCAUUGCAGCCAGACUGUCACCAAAGGUCUCUAUUGUACUGUGCCUCUUUCCUGUGAUUAGCUUAUAUCCACUGACCAGUAAAAUCUGUCAUACCUCCCAAUCCCAUAAGAUUCCCCUCAUCUACGUUAUUAAAAUGGGUCCCUCUUUCUAUGCCAAAAUACCAGCAAUAAAGUGACACCAUGGAGUGAGUUUCUUCUUCUCUCCCCUCUCUCCUCCUCAGUACUGAUAACCUGCAUGUUACUAGAGUCCGUAGAGAUAGGUAGUAAGAAUUCCAUGACCUGUUCCCUUUUGUUUUAUCUGUUUCUUCCUUGUCUAUAAGGUGAAAUACUCAAGUCUACCUAGCAUUCAUUCCUUCUGUUUUCCAGCAUUCUCCUUGGCUGUUUUCAUCAAGUAGCCAUCUUCAUAAUCAAUAGAUACUGUCUUCUUUCGUCUCUCAGUUUCCCUAAUAAAUGU